AUGAAAGCCAAAUAUGCAACUUUGACUGUGAUCUUCCUCGACCUUGUCACAGCAUCGACUAAGGUGGAAGUUGAUGGACAUGAAAAUCUUGAAGUUUAUAAAAAUGGAGAAUGUGACUGGAUAGACCCAGAUUGCAAAACCUGGGAUUUCUUCAGUUGCGAAUGCAAGGACACCAACAACUACGUCUCUGAGAGCGAGCCUAGAGACAACUCCCCAAAUCCAUACAACAAUGACCUGAGCUACCGCACGUGGACAGGCGGUAAGAAAAAAUGCCAAAAACCGGAUAAUCCCAACUGCCUCGUGUGGAACAAACAUACAUGCCAAUGCGACGGUGAGAGGAAGUGCGAUCACUACGAUCCUACUUGUAAGAAAUGGGACUGGGAUACAUGCACGUGCACGAGUGGUGACUGUAGUAAAGAGCAAUGCUGCAAGGACAUCUGGGACAAGGAAAAUUGUACGUGCACAAAGGGCCCGGUGUGCCCGAACCGCCUUGCUUAUCCGAAUUGCAAGGAUUCGGACUGGGACUGGAAACUCUGCUGUUGCGUCGCCCCGACGUGCCCCAAGCCUCACUGGUGCGAGGACUGGGAAUGGGACAAGGUUAACUGCAAGUGUUGCCACAAGCCUGACUGGUGCGAGGACUGGGAAUGGGACAAGCAUCAGUGCAAGUGUUGCCACAAGCCUGACUGGUGCAAGGACUGGGAAUGGGACAAGCAUCAGUGCAAGUGCAACAUAAAGUGCCACAAGCCUCACUGGUGCAAGGACUGGGAAUGGAACAAGAAACAGUGCAAGUGUUGCCACAAGCCUGACUGGUGCAAGCACUGGGAAUGGGACAAGCAUCAGUGCAAGUGUUGCCACAAGCCUGACUGGUGCAAGGACUGGGAAUGGGACAAGCAUCAGUGCAAGUGCAACAAAAAGUGCCCCAAGCCUCACGGGUGCAAGCACUGGGACGAGGUUCAAUGCCAGUGCACAGGCUAA